AUGGAGCACAACAAAGACACAAUCACAAUGCACGAGACUUCUGCGAAUGAAGUCGGACGAGCAGCUGUUAGCGCUGAUGUGCAGCCUCCCAGCUAUGAAGCACCUCCUGCUGCUAUCACACCGAGCGCCGAGACUUCUGCACCGCUCGAGAAGACCGCAUGGCAUGCGGCGACGGAACAACCCCCAGCCCAACCGAGCCAGACGGUCGUUCCGGCUGCACAGUCGAUCAACCUCCACCAAGUCGGCGAAGAUCCAUGCGUGGUCGACUGUCCCUUUUGUCACCAACAGACCACGACGAGGAUCCAGAAAGAGAGCACCAGCCAAACUUCAUUGGCUGCGUGUUGCUGUUGUCUCUUUGGAGGCAUCAUCUGUGCCUUCCUACCGUAUUGCAUGAAGAUGUGCCACGACACUCACCACUACUGCACUCAUUGCGGACAGAAGAUCGCGGUCCGCUCGCAUGAUGGCCCUGUAGAGGUCGUCACGCCGGCGCCACCGAAGCCGGUGAACACGGAGCCUCCACAGAUCCAACCUCCUCAGGCGGUCGCCUUGAGCGAGAAGCAGUGA